UGGGAGGCGUGGACAGAGGGGAAGAAGGAAAGAAAGGGAAAAUGACGUCUGCUAAAAUAUCCACAUUUGUUCUGCUUAUUUUUCUAAAUUAUGGUGAAGGAAGCAAAUAUUCGGAGGAAUUAAACAGGCCGAUCUCAGAACUGAACGACCCCUUCCGAAUGAUGAAAGUUAAUUUACUGUGGCACAAAGCAAAACAGAACCUGCCUGAGAAGAAACUUGUUGAUCUUUACACUGAGUUGAAAAUGCAUGACAAAAAGGAAGGCGAUUUGAAGAAAAUGAAGCUGUCUGGCCUUGAUGAGGAUGGUUUAAAAUCUGCUCAGCUGGAAGAGAAAUUCAUGGAAAUUGUUGUAAAGUAUGGGUUGAAUCAUCACUACAAAUAUGAACAGGGUGAGGAGUCAGAAACGUCGGGGAAGAAGAGACCCCAACAACUGAAGGACCCCAAACUGAAGGACUUGUGGCAUCAAGCUUCCUCCUCAGGUUUCUCUGAGAAUGAACUGAAGGCGUUGAAGCAAGAGUUAUCUCAUCAUCAGAACAAACUUGAUGAAUAUCACGCUCUUAAAGACGAGAUUGAUAGAUUUCAGGAAACUGAACAUAACAUGGUGGACUCUGAAGAUUAUGAUGAGUAUAAACUAAAGAAGAAGAACGUUAUGCUGAAGUCCAAGCACAGGGAUCUAAAAUCCAACUUUCAGAAACUACAGGAGUUAGCAUCUGACCCAGAGCUGGCCACGGAAGACUUCUCAGAUCUGCGUGUCUACCAGCUGUGGUCUAUGGCCAAGAAAUCAAACAUGUCGCACACAGAGCUGAAUUCACUCAGGGAAGAACUGAGGCACUUUGAACAUCGUUUGAAGAAGCAAGAGUUUUUCAAGGAGCAGCUGUCCUUGUCAGAGAAGAGUUUAGACGGACAGGUGAAGGAUGGGGAUUUCCCGGAAGCACAUGUCAGCUUAGAGCAGAAAGUCAAGGAUUAUGACUACAAGGUCAAAAAGCUUCACACAGAUCUGAAGAUAAGAAUAACACAAGCCACGGAGAAACACUCAGAGUUGUGACAGGUUGUUCACAAACUGCACAUUAUUUUGCACUGGAAGUAUUUUUAAGAAUCUUGUCUUCCAAGGGAGAUUACAUUUUUCCUUUUCCUAUUCUGUCAGUACUGUUCACAAAGGUGUGUGUCUACAAUUGGUCUUUACCUUAUCUUUUUGGUUUAUUUUUACACUCUUAUGUUCUUAUGACUUAUUCCUGACUUAUUUAGUUCUUCCUGCAUGUAUAUGUAUUGUAAGCUACAUCUGAUAUUGUGACAUUUUUAUUUGUUUUGUUCAUACAGUGCCUGUAGCAAGUAUAUCAGUUAUCUUAUCCAAUGGUUACGUGUCCAUGUUGCCUGUAGCGUGGAUACCGGUUAUCUUUUUGAAUGGUUACAUGUUCAUAAUGAGUUAUGCAAGGAUAUCAGUUAUCUUAUUAAGUGGUUACAUGUCCAUAUUGCCAGUAGAUAGGAUACCACUUAUCUUAUUAAGUGGUUACAUGUCCAUAUUGAGAAUAGUAAGGAUAUCAGUUAUCUUUAGUCUUGUUACAUGUGCAUAUGGAGUUUAGCAAAUAGAUCAGUUACCAUCCUUUCACAUGCACCAAGUGCUUGUAAUGACUAAUUCACAAUUGUGUAAUGUCUGUAGCAAGCGGAUCUGUCAUAUUACAUGUAAAUGUACUUUGUGUCUGUAGCAAGCAGGUUAGCCAUCCCAUAUGUACAUAGUACCACUAGCAAGCAGAAGAAUCAAUCUGUUUUAAUGGGAAAGUUGUGACUAAAUCAAAAAAAGUUUUGUCAGUAACGUAAUGAAAGAAAAGCUUCAUUAAAUCCAUGGGUAAAUAAAAAAUAUUUUAACAUUUAAAUAUCUGAGGAUGUACGUUUGUCUGAUCAGUGGUUCACUCCAAUCAUCGAGUUUUUAAACUACUUAUAAGUUUCUGAAAUAUGCAAAAGAAAUUUCAUCUCCAAAGCUUGAAUACAUGGUGCAGACUCUAUUCUAUUGUAAAUGGUUGUGGCUAACAUGAUUAAGAGCAGUCUUAUGUUGCAUUAUUUACUUGAUGUAAUAUUAUAACAGUCCUAAUUUGAUUGUUGAGAUAAUGUACAUUUGAUGAUAAUGCAUCUGACAUUGUAACCUUUUGAAGGGGCAUUAUUGUUCGGGUAUUUAUGUGUUAAAAAUUAGCAAUGUUGGGGUUGUGUGUUUUGAGAGGGCACAGAAGCCAUACACAGACAAGAGAUGUAAAGGAUAGUCUUAUUUGUACAGGAGAGUAACUUGCAGUAUUUCUGCCCAUACUGUUUUCUCUUUGCCACGUGAAAAACUGAAGGGUUAGAAUGCGCCUACAUGUAAUAUGUCCCCUGUAGGAUUAAGCUACUUGUAUGUGCAUUAUUUUUCAACAGUUGUUCACUUUAUCAAAUUUUUUCAGUACCGGAAUUUUCUCGAUAUUGUUAAGAUUUACCUUUCCAAGAUAAUUUAUGAAACUGCUUAGAUGCUCGUAUGUAUGUCUUUGAAAUGUUGGUUAUACAUGGUCAUAAUGCCCUCUUAUAAUAACUGAUAUAUAUUUAUGUCUACAUUAUACAGAUGUCCAUAUUGCAGAGAUACUUAUAGCUAAUAAGUUAUGGAAUGUAAAGUUUGGUGUGUAAUAUGCCUUUAAGUUUAUAUUAUGAUGUAAAUAUUAUUGUAGCAAAGUGUCAGACUUGUGUGCAUUUGAUGUGCCAUCUGAUUUUUCCCAAAGACUGCAUCCAUCCACAGUGGUCACAUGGUAGAAAUCAUCAUGCUGUCAGUAUUGUAAGUCACAUGGCUGGAGAUGGAGCUGGCAUGAAGCAUAAGCGAAAUAUUUUAAAGGUGAAAACAAUGAAAAACACUAAAGCAAUUUAUCCGUUUAUUAAUUUUUAAGACUCCAUUGAAUUGUUAUCAAGAUCUGACUUCAAAACAGCUGAGAACCAAGUUUUUCGUUAUAAAGGAGGAUAUACACUCAUAUGUACAUGUGGAAAGCAAUCAGAACUGGUGACUUUCUACUUAAGCACUUAACAAUGAUUAAAAAAAAAAGCGAAGUGUAGCCAUGAAGUGUUUUGCAGAGCCUCAUUGUGACCAUGCGUUUGUUAUGACUGCAUGUGCAGAAUAUCUCUGAGAUUUCUAAUAAAAUGUGCCAUAUAAACAG